AGCAUUAUCAUUGCACCAGAGAGGUCGGCUCUCGUCAUUGUCGACAUGCAGAACUUCUUCCUGCACCCUGAACUCAACGCCGGUGCUACUGCUGGCCGUGCUGCCAUUGCUCCCACCUUGAAGAUGAUCGAUGCCUUCCGUGCCAAGGGGAUGAAGAUUGCAUGGGUUCAGUGGGGCAUCGACGAGUACGAUCUCACUCAUCUGUUGUCGCCGUCCUUCCUUUACGGUUUCUCCGAUGGCGUGCAUGCCAACACCUCUUUCUGCUCGGAGAUGGGUACGAUCUCCAACGGGACGAUCGAUGCUGGCAAGCUGCUUUGCCGUGGGUCAUGGAAUGCUCAAGCGUACGGCCCACUCUACGACAGCUAUCUGCAGGGUGUUGAGAUGGGUACCGACUUCUACUUCAACAAGAACACGCUUUCCGGCCUGUGGGGUAUCAUGACACCCUUCGAGCAGUGGCUCCACGACACUGGCGUUACGACCCUGUUCUUCGGUGGUGUCAACACCGAUCAGUGCGUGUUCGGCACCAUGAUCGACUCUGUCUUCAAGGGCUACGACACGAUCAUGGUCGAAGAUAUCUGCGGGACGACUUCGCCAUACUAUGCCACUCAGAUGGUUGUGUACAACAUCGGCGGUGACGGCUGGACCACCAACACCAGCAUGAUCCUC